CCCAUGCUAGAGAGCCAUGACAUCAGCCUACUUAUAGCAACCUCAAACUCCUGGGUUCAAGUGAUCUUCCUAUUCUGGUCUCUUGAGCAGCUGGAACUAUAGGCACUCACAACAACACUCAGCUAAUUUUUCUAUUUUUAGUAGAGACGGGGGUCUCGCUUUUAAUGAGGCUGGUCUUAAACACCUGAGCUCAAAGGACUCUCCUGCCUUAGCCUCUCAGAGUGCUAGGAUUACAGACAUGAGCCACCGCACCCGGGCCCCUAGAAUAGAAUUUUAAAAUUGUGUUACUCUCCCCUUGCCCCUGUUGAAAAAGUUUUCUACAUAUAAAUUUCCUAGAUCAAGCUUAUUAAUAUAUGUCUCUUCAAGACUAGAAAAAGACAUCUGUCUCCGAGUGGAAAAUUCACUUGAAUAUUAAGGUUUUAAAAUGGAAAAUUUUGAUGCAUCACUUAGUCCCUAUUUCAAAGCAUUGCUAGGUACCCGAGAUACCAGAGUAAAAGGAUGGUUUCUUCUGGACAAUUACAUACCUACAUUUAUCUGUUCCCUCAUAUAUUUACUAAUUGUAUGGCUGGGACCAAAAUACAUGAAGAAUAGACAGCCGUUCUCUUGCCGGGGUAUUUUAGUGGUGUAUAACCUUGGACUCACGCUGCUGUCUCUCUAUAUGUUCUGUGAGUUAGUAACAGGAGUAUGGGAAGGCAGGUACAACUUCUUCUGUCAGGGAACACGCAGCGCAGGAGAAUCAGAUACGAAGAUCAUCCGUGUCCUCUGGUGGUACUACUUCUCCAAACUGAUUGAAUUUAUGGACACCUUCUUCUUCAUCCUGCGUAAGAACAACCACCAGAUCACAGUGCUACACGUCUACCACCAUGCCUCCAUGCUAAACAUCUGGUGGUUUGUGAUGAACUGGGUCCCCUGUGGCCACUCUUAUUUUGGUGCCACCCUGAACAGCUUCAUCCACGUCCUCAUGUACUCUUACUACGGCCUGUCUUCAGUCCCUUCCAUGCGCCCGUACCUGUGGUGGAAGAAGUACAUCACUCAGGGGCAGCUGCUUCAGUUUGUGCUGACAAUCGUCCAGACCAGCUGUGGGGUCAUCUGGCCGUGCACAUUCCCUCUCGGUUGGUUGUAUUUCCAGAUCGGAUACAUGAUUUCCCUGAUUGCUCUCUUCACAAACUUCUAUAUUCAGACCUACAACAGGAAGGGGGCCUCGUGGAGGAAAGACCACCUGAAGGACCACCAGAACGGGUCCGUGGCUGCUGCGAACGGACACACCAACAGCUUUUCUUACCUGGAAAACAAUGUGAAGCCAAGGAAGCCAAGGAAGGAUUGAAAUCCAAGAGUUGAAAACCUCCAAACCACGUCAUCUGAUUGUAAGCACAAUACGAGUUGUGCCCGAUGCUCAUUAACAGCUGCUGUAACUAGUCCAGCCUACACUAGUGUGACUCAUGUAGGACCCCUUUCAUCAGUUCAAAACCCUUAGAAAACAUAUACAGAUUAUACAAGUAGAUUAAGAUUUCUAACAUUUCUGGGCUCUUAUCAACCUCCACCCUGCGCUAGACUGUGGAAAGGGAGUAUUGUUGUAGUAUACAACACUGCUGUUGCCUUAUUAGUUAUAACAUGAUAGGUGCUGAAUUGUGAUUCACAAUUUAAAAACACUGUAAUCCAAACUUUUUUUUUUUUUACUGUAGAUCAUGCAUGUGAUUGUAAAUGUAAAUUUGUACAAUGUUGUUACAGUAGAGAAACACACAUGCCUUAAAAUUUAAAAAGCAGGGCCAAAAGCUUAUUAAUUUAAAUUAGGGUAUGUUUCAAGUUUGUAUUCACUUGUGAUAACUCUGUUUAGAAAAAUCAAAGACCGUGAUUUAUGAAACUAGCGUGUGACAUAUAAUUUCAAGUGACUUGUAGAUGUGAAAUCAGAAACGGCACCUUCAGUUUUAUAAUAUUGGCUUUGAAUCAGGCUGACUCAAAUCUAGUGGAACAGUCAGUUUAACUUUUUAACAGAUCUUAUUUUUUUAUUUUGAGUGCCACUAUUAAUAAUGUAAAAAAGGGGAGAGGGCUCUAAAGCAGUCUUGAUGAAACUUAAAUAUAUAUUCUUUGUCCUCAAGAUUUUAGGAAGAGUGUAGAGUGAGUAGGCCAUUUUUUAAUUUCUCUCCAAGUGCUAAGUGUUUUUAUACAGAAAACAAAAAGUCUGCUUUGCUUUCCACCAGUGCAAGAGAAGAUGUAUACUUUUCAGAAGAGAUUGAAUCCUUAUCAUUUGACAGUAUCAGAUACAUAGGCAGUGAGAAACUGGUUUCCAGCGUCCAAUUUUGAACUGAUUUCUGUACUGCUGUCUGUUUUGACACAAACUUCCUUUUAAAAUGUGCCUAGUUUACCAAAAUUAACAAAGGGGAGAUAAAGAACCUUAAAAAAUAUUAAAGUAAGCCUGGGCACAGUGGCUCACACCUAUAAUCCUAGUACUUUGGGAGACUGAGACAGGUGGAUUGCUUGAGCUCAGGAGUUGAGACCAGCCUGAACAAGAGUGAACCCCCAUCUCUAAAAAAUAGCCGGGCGUUGUGGCAGGUGCCUAUAGUCACAGCUAUUUGGGAGGCUGAGGCAAGAGGAUCUCUUGAGUCCAAGAGUUAGAGGUUGCUGUGAGUUAUGACGCCAUAGAGCUCUACCAAGGGCAACAAAGUGAGACUCUGUCUCAAAAAAAAAAAAGAAAGAAAGAAAAAGAAAAUUUUAAGGUAAAAUUAAACAGAGCUACAGCAUAAGAGAACUGAUAAAUCGGAUAGAGUUAACUUGUUCCAUGUAAAUCUAAUAGUACCUGUAAUUUUUUUCUGCUUAGAAUCUAAAAAUUUGUUUAGAAUGUCUUGUUUAAAAAUAACAGACUGCAGACUGCUUAUCAUAAAAUCAUGUCUCUCACACUUGAGGCAGUGGUCAAACAGAUGUGGACUAUUACGUGUGUCAUUUUAAAGCGUCAGGAUUUAGCCUCUGAAUACCUUCUCUGUUGGGGUAAAAAUACAUUUAUCGAACCACUCAUCACGCAUCUUAGAAGGUCAUUGACAAUGUAUAAACUAAUUGUUGGUUUGAUAUUUAUGUAAAUAUCAGUUUACCAUGCUUUAAUUUUGCACAUUCAUAUUAUAGGGAGCCAGUGGUUCUCCUAUUAGUCUUGUGGGUUUUCUGUUUGAAAGGAGUCUUGACAUCUGUUUACAUUUACCUUAUCAAACCUAGAAUGUGUAUAUUUAUAAAUGUCUGUCUUCAUUCCUAGGUACUAAUUUGCAGAUGUCUUUACAUAUUUCAGUACAGAAACUGUAACAUUCUAUAGUGUGCUGUCAGUGUGCUUAGCUCAUCUGGAUAUACCCACACUGUUAAAUAGUGUCUCAACAUUAAUCAUUAAAACAUUUUUGAUUAC